AGCAAUGAACAGAGAUGAAGCAGUACGGUGCAUCAACAUUGCAAAGAGAUGUAUCGCUGAUGGGAACAAUGAAAAGGCAGAUAAGUUUCUUAAGAAGUCUCUUGCUUUACACGAAACAGCAUUAGCAAAAGAGUUACUAGCAGGCCUGGGUCGAACACCCCCAAAGUCCCCCACCUCCCCCUCCUCCUCCUCCACCACCAACGGUGAUGCAACUCCAUCAGAGACCAGAAAACGACCCAAUACGGGGGGUGGGACGGAGAGUAAUGGGAAAGAUGUUACUGCUGAUAUGAUAGCUGCCGUUAACAAAGUGAAAGGUAAAAAAGAUUACUACACAAUUUUGGGAUGUGAAAAGACCGCAACAGAACCCGAACUGAAGAAAGCGUACAGAAAGUUAGCACUUGCGCUUCAUCCUGACAAGAACUGUGCUCCAGGCGCUAAUGAGGCAUUUAAAUCGGUUGGAAACGCGUACGCAGUGCUGUCAAACAAAGAAAAAAGAGGACAAUUUGAUAAGUAUGGAUUUCAGGACGAUUCCCCUUCUACUUCCCACCGAGGACAUAGUCACAGAUAUAACCGUUAUUAUCAUGAUGAUGAGGAUAUAAGCCCGGAGGAGCUCUUCAACAUGUUCUUCGGAGGAAUGCAGCCCAACAACAGGAACGGCCGUAGAGCAACAUUCUAUAAUAACUACACUAGAGAACAAACUACUACAGGGGAUAAUAACGCCAGUAUAGUAUCAUCGCUAUUACAAAUGUCGCCUUUGCUACUCCUAAUCCUCAUGUCGGUUCUCAACUCUAUUUUCACUGAAGACCCUGCUUGGAGUUACCAUAGAAACGGGCAGUAUAAAGUGGAAAGGUCGACAUCGUGGAAUACUAUACGUUAUUAUGUUAAGGGAGAAUUUACAGAACAGUAUACAAGCCAGAAGAUAUUACACCUAGAGUUCGAAAUAGAGCGAGAUUACAAACAAGAUCUACAGAUUAAAUGCAUCAACAAUCAGCGGAGAAAAGAACAGUUGAUGUACCAGUACCGGGUAACAGGCAACACAAGAUACCGGGAUUACGCCUCCGAAAUGGAUCUAGCCUCUUGUAAGGACUAUAACGACUUUAAGUUGCCUCAAUAUAUAAACAGUCGUCCCUAAUUGUUACGCGAGUCAGGUUGUGUUGUUUACCAUGUUUUAGAUCUAAGUUAUGGAAGUGUUGAAAAAAAGUGAGCCGAUUUCAGAUGGCCGAAUUUGGGCUCUUAUUUUGAAUGGGUUCUUGUUUUUUUAGUCCCACAAUCUUAACAACGUUUGGGACUUAAAUUGUUCAAUACUGAUGCAACGACUUUUAUUCAUUGCUUUCUUCAUUUUCCCCUCCCACUUCCUAUCAUGAAAACUCUGGUGUUAAGAUUUUAGUUUGCAGUGGAUAACCGAAUCCAAAUGUUGGGUUUGGAAAGUGGUGGUUUAUUUCAAAAUCGCGUUUGGCGUUUCAUCUGAUUUGUAAUCGCUCUUAGUCUUAUUUUUCAGAUGUAUUAUCCGAAAUAUUUGGCUACC